AUGUGGAAUUUUGCAUCCAAUUGUAUAGCUGGAAUUAUGGGCCUUAAGCAUGAUGUUCUGAAGCCAACACAGGAUUCAAUGGAUUGCUCAGAUGAUGGAGUUUCGUCCAUCAGUAGCAGAGAGGAGGGACUGGAAUGCCCAAUAUGCUGGGAAUCUUUUAACCUUGUUGAAAACAUACCCUAUGUCUUAUGGUGUGGUCAUACAUUAUGUAAAAACUGCAUCCUGGGACUACAAUGGGCUGUUGUGAAAUUUCCUACUUUACCGUAUCAGCUUCCACUCUUUAUAUCUUGCCCCUGGUGCAAUCUCUUAUCACUUCGUCUGGUUUAUAGGGGAAACCUCAAAUUUCCUCGUAAAAACUUCUUUCUUCUCUGGAUGCUCGAGAGCAUGAAUGGUGACAGAGUAAAAUCUCACUCUUCCACAUGUGGGGAUCAUCAGGCUGUUUGGUCAUCUAGCACAAAAGCACCCAGAAGCCAUACAGGGAACUCUGACCACCGGAGGGGGCCGUGUACUCAUCAUUCUGAGCAUUUGGGAUCUGGAUCAAGUCACAAUGGUAAUCAAUUAAAUAGUUCUCUUGCUUUUGAGAGACUGCAUUCAUCCCUCAAAAAGUGUCUAGUUUUCUUUGUUCACUUGACAGCCAAGUUCCCCCUGGUCAUAAUUUUUCUUAUCAUCAUUUUAUAUGCCAUACCUGCCAGUGCAGCCAUCUUAGCCCUAUACAUACUCAUCACAGUUGUCUUUGCACUCCCUUCUUUUCUCAUUCUGUACUUUGCAUAUCCAAGCUUGGAUUGGCUUGUGAGGGAGAUUAUCACAUGA